AUGGCCCCUUCAGCAACGGAAUUGCCCAUCGUGCCCACCAUCAAGGAUUAUGUCGUUCAGAAGAAGGACACCCUCCCCAUCCCGCCCUCCACGCGCGCCCGUCUCGAGAAAGCCGGCAUCGAUCUGAGCAACGGCUAUCCCGAGCGUCCCGCCAAGCCGCUCUUCCUCGACGAUGCCUUUAACAUCCGUAACGUGGACCGCGAGCACGUCGAGGUCGGCGCGCGCGCCGACAAGUCCAAGAGCGCCCUGCUGUCGGCCGCCAAGGAGGUCAUCCAUCUGACCUCGCACAUCGGCACCGAGAUCGUGGGCCUGCAGCUCAACCAACUGACGGAUCAGCAGAAGGACGAGCUGGCGCUGCUGAUUGCCGAGCGCUCGGUGGUCUUCUUCCGCGAUCAGGAUAUCACGCCCCAGGAGCAGAAGAAGCUGGGCGAGUAUUAUGGCGAGGUCGAGGUUCAUCCUCAAGUGCCACAUGUCCCAGGGGUCCCGGGCGUGACCAUCAUCUGGCCCGCACUGCAGGCCACUGAGAGGAAGGCCUCGUUCAGACAGCCUGGUGGAGCGUCCAGGUGGCACUCGGAUCUUGUGCACGAGAAGCACCCCGCAGGCAUUACACACUUGCACAAUGACACUGUGCCGCUGGUGACGGGAGGCGACACACUAUGGGCCAGCGGAUACGCUGCCUACUCGAAGCUGAGCCCCGAGUUCCGCAAGAUGAUCGACGGGAAAGAAGCUAUCUUCAUCAGCGCCCACACGUACCUCGACCGCAACGACCCCAACGCGGGGCCGAAGCACAUCGAGCGCGUUCACCCCAUCGUGCGGGUCCACCCCGCCACGGGUUGGAAAUCGCUAUACGUGAACCGGGCCAUGACCAAAGCCAUCGUCGGACUCGACAAGGCCGAGAGUGAUCUGAUCCUCGGAUAUCUCUUCGAUGUGUAUGAGAAGAACGUUGAUAUUCAGGUCCGUUUCAAGUGGACGCCGAGAACAAGCGCUCUGUGGGAUAACCGCAUCACGAUCCACAAUGCGUCUUGGGAUUAUGAAGGCAAUGAGCCGCGCCACGGCACGCGUGUUACUUCUUUGGCAGAGAAGCCAUAUUUCAUUGCUGACGCACCGACGAGAAGACAGGCGUUAGGACUUGAUGAUGAUUGA